GAAACCGGCAUCCUUUUGCAGGUGUCCAGCAGUGUGGCAGAACACCUGGCCCACUCGCUCCAGGACUGCUCCAACAUCCAGGAGAUUUUCCAAACCCUCUACUCCCAUGGCUCUGCCAUCUCCGAAAGCAAGAUCCGCGAGUUCGAGGUGGAAACGGAGCGGCUGAACAGCCGGAUCGAACACCUCAAGUCCCAGAACGACCUCCUGACCAUCACCCUGGAGGAGUGCAAGAGCAACGCAGAGCGCAUGAGCAUGCUGGUCGGGAAGUACGAGUCCAACGCCACGGCGCUGCGGCUGGCCCUGCAGUACAGCGAGCAGUGCAUCGAGGCCUACGAACUCCUCCUGGCGCUGGCUGACAGCGAGCAGAGCCUCAUCCUGGGGCAGAUCCGGGCCGCCGGCGUGGGGUCCUCCCCCGACCAGUCCGGGGACGAGAACAUCACUCAGAUGCUCAAGCGCGCUCACGACUGCCGGAAGACGGCCGAGAACGCCGCCAGAGCCCUGCUGCUGAAGCUGGACGGCAGCUGCGGCACCUUCGCUGUGGCCGGCUGCAGCGCGCAGCCCUGGGAGAGCCUGUCCUCCAACAGCCACACCAGCACCACCAGCUCCACGGCCAGCAGCUGCGACACGGAGUUCACAAAGGAGGACGAGCAGAGGCUGAAGGACUACAUCCGGCAGCUCAGGAACGACAGGGCCGCCGUCAAGCUGACCACGCUGGAGCUGGAGAGCGUCCACAUCGACCCGCUCAGCUGCGACGUCAAGCCGCGGGGGGACAGCCAGCGGCUGGACCUGGAGAAUGCGGUGCUCAUGCAGGAGCUGAUGGCCAUGAAGGAGGAGAUGGCGGAGCUGAAGGCCCAGCUGUACCUCCUGGAGAAGGAGAGGAAGGCGCUGGAGCUGAAGCUGAGCACGCGGGAGGCGCAGGAGCAGGCCUACCUGGUGCACAUCGAGCACCUCAAGUCCGAGCUGGAGGAGCAGGAGCAGCACACGCAGUCACUCGGCCCCGGCGGCAAGGACAGGCCCGGCAAGGAAUGCGCCGACGCCACCCCAGCCCUGUCCCUGGCUGAGCUACGGACCACGUGCAGCGACAGUGAGCUGGCCGCGGAGUUCGCCAGCGCCAUCCGCAGAGAGAAGAAGCUGAAGGCCAGGGUGCAGGAGCUGGUGGGCGCCCUGGAGAGGCUCACCAAGAGCAGCGAGGUCCGGCACCAGCAGUCGGCGGAGUUCGUGAACGACCUGAAGCGGGCCAACAG